GCAUGGUAUUAUUGGUAUAAAUAUUACUAAGAAAAGCAGGUCGAAAAUAAAAUACAAUUCGUGAUACAGAAUGCAAAUUAAACUUCCAAUUAAACUUUAAAAGUAAGCUUUGCACCAGCCACAUGGACAGUUUGAGAUUUACUCGAACAACACUGGUUCCAGAUGUUGGUCAGUUCAGUGAUUUGCUGAAUUCAUUCAUUUCAUAUCUGACUAAUCUGACCAUAACAUACGACAGUGAUGAUACUGCCAUUAGAAAUUUAUCGUGACAUUUUAUUGCUGCUACCUUUCCAAGAUGUUAUGCGAUACAUAUUAGUGUGUAAAACUUGGAUGGCGAUGUUAAACGAAAGGAGUUUUUGGAAGAUUUAUAUGGUGAAACACUUUGAUCUUGAUGAAAAAUCAGAUUUAUCAAAGGAAAUGUUGUCUCUCAUUGCAGGCGAGCCAUGGGAAUGUACUGACCCAGAAUAUGAAAAGUUAUACCUGUGCAAAUGUAUUCCUAACAUGUAUGUCAUGCGUCCAUUUCCAUCAAUGUGGAAUUGUGGUGUGUUCCAUCCGUAUGGAUUAGAUCCUCUUGCCGGAGAUGUUAAAACAUUGCAAGGAUUAGUCCACUGCCUUAAGAUUUUGACAUAUAUGAAAUGUGAAGCAAGUCGCCUUGGCAUGAUGACUGGAUUUCAAUGCUCAUCAAGUAUAGCACUCUGGCCAAUUGAUGUUAUUGUUUUUCCAUGGAAUAAGGAGGAACUUCCUGAACCAUUAGAGAUCAUGGAUGGAGUCUUUAAAUUUCAUCCAGAGAUCUGUAAAUAUUAUAUUAAUCAUCCUGAAGAAAAGGGCCAAUUGGUAAAAGAAAUGUUAUAUUUUCAUGUGCCAUCAGGAGAUUCUAGAGAAAAUGAUGAAGAUGGUGAUCAUGAUUUAUAUCAAAAGCCUUGUUUGAAUUCAAUUUUUGGCAUGGAUUUUCCCAACGAAAAUGAGCAAUGGGUAAUUAAAGAAUCAAGAGAGUUCUAUAAAUGGCUUCAAUCCUAUAUGUAUCCAUCACUUACAGUUUGUAUUGGUGAAGCUGUAAUAAGUCCAUACCUUGUCUUAAUGAUCUCUCCUCUCGCACCUGGUUGGCUUGGUGGUACAAUAACAGGUGUAGUCAGUUCACAUAGUUAUGAAAAUUAUUGACAAUUAUACAUAGACUAUAUAUAUUUGUUGAUAAAGUAUUGCUUUAUGCUGUGUAAACUAUCUUUAUUUUGCAUACCUUUGGAUAGAAUAGCACUCUGUGUUACACAACAUUACUAUUGUAUAUAUUAUUACUUUAUUAUUUUUUAUAAGAUGCUAACUUUCUUUUCAUUCACAUGCCAGUUGAUGGUAGAAACGCUGUACACUACAGUGUCCCAAAGAAUGUGACACUUGUUCCUAAACCUUUGUUUAACGCGGUGAUUGCGCAAAAGGGAAUUUAAUGAAAUUUUUGUAUACAAACAGCGAAUUGGGAAUAGUGAUCACAUGAUUCUAUUGUUUCUCUUUGGGACACCUUGUGCAACAUUAAUAUUGGGUGAAGUUGUGCUUUAUUUGAGGGAAAUUUUCUUUCAUUCAACUACUGCUGCAAAA